AUGGACCACAACUUUGAGAGGCAGCAGCAUGGCGCCCCCAGCCCUGGAGCCUCCCUUUCCCACAGCUACCUGCUGGGGCACCCUGCCCGCCCCUCGAAGCUCCGUGGAGGGGUGUCUCCCCUCGUCCCUGUCCUCAGGAAAACCAUCAGUCUGGAUGCCUUUCCUCAAAGCCAUAUCCCACAGGCUUCCAGCAGACCAGGCCCUGGAGCCAGGGCCCGGAGCGUGCCCCCACAGGAGACCAUGCCCCGGAAGCUCAGCUCCAUCUCCUUAACGCUCCGUCAGAACAGCCAGGCAUGGCCCCUGGGUCCCCUACCUUCUCACUGGGAAGAGCUGUCCGCCCCGGGCAAGGAGGCUGCCACCCAAGGAGGAGGUAGGCUGCCCAGCCCAGGCUCACGAUCUGUGACUCCAGUACCAGGGAGCAGAGUCCACUCUGAGGGCCCAGGGACCCCAGGUCUGUCCAAACCCAGCAGGAUGCCCAUAGUGGAGAAGCCUCUGGUGAGUUCCUACCUGGCCCUACCGUUUCAAUCCCGGUUAGCCCAGAAAUCACCAGGCCCUGCAGGGCCAGGCUCGGUAGGUCAGAAGCAUCCUGUCCCAGGGACUGCCCAUGUGACUACCAGAGCUUCUCCAGGAAGAGGCAAGCCCCGGUCCAGGGGUAUCCUGAGACCCCGGCUGCAUCUCCAAAGGGCCACCUCUACCAUGGGUCCUGCAACAGCCAUGGAUUUGGCUCCUCUGGACACAGCCAGGCUAGGCACAGCCAGACGUUCAACCACAAUGGUCACCAACAGACCUAACUUGACUGCCCAUCCGGCCACACCAAGCACAUCCAGACUGGAUACAGGCAUAGAGUUGCCUGCUCUAGGUACCAAGCUGGACACGGCCAUGGACUUUGCUACAGCAGGCCCAAGCAAGCUGGGCAUGGUCAUGGAUUUGGCACCCCCAGAGCCAGACAAGCCGGACAAAGCCAUAGCUAGAGCAAGCCCAGCCAAGUCAGGUCCGACCACAGAGGUUACAGCCGUGGAUUUGGUGGUACCAGACCCAGUCAAGCUGGGCACAUCCAGGACAGACACAGCCAGGGCUUUGGCUAGAGCGAAUACAGCCAAGCUGGACAGAACUACGGAUUCUGUGGCUUUGGACACAAGCAAGCUGGGCAUAGCCAUGGGGGAGAUCACACUGGACAGAGUCAUUAACCUGACUAUAUCAGCCACCUACCCACUGUUGCCAAGCGGAAGCACAGCCCCAGCGUGGGACCAUGCUCUUACAGAUGCUGCCACAGACUGGCCCGCAGGGCCCCUCAUGCUGGACCGAGCCAGAGAAACCAAAGAUAUGCGUAGUGACCUCACCUGA